AUGUCGCAGCUUCUGCUGCUACUGCUGCUGCUGGUCUGCAGCUCCCAGGCCAGUCAUUUUUAUGGGACAGUGAUGACCUAUUACCCAACAAACACUCACGCAGAUGGAUCUGUCAUGGUGAAGCUGAGCCUCCACGCUUGCACAAAUUCAACGUUGCAGUGCUUCUUUUGGAAUUGUCGAAAUGAGAGCUUAGUGCUAAGCACGGUCGACGAGGGGAGCAAUGUAUGGUGUUUGACAGAGGAAAUCUCUAUUUUGGUGGUUCCCAGCAACCCUCCGUUGCUGCUGCCGUUGGCAGGCUUUAGCUGGAUAAGUAAUAUUAAAAAUAACAUCGUAAGUUGGAGAGCUGUGGCUCUGGUGGAACUGAGGAACCGGUCAGACACCGGCCAAGCCAACAUAUCACCACAGACAACCAUCCUGCCUGUCGUGAGGGUUCCUUCAAACUGUCAGAGAGAUUUCAACCUUUUGGCAUUCGACCCUGAUGGAGACGAGGUUAAAUGCAGAUAUGGAAAUGACACAAACACAUUACAAGAGUGUAACCCCUGCACACCACCGUCUGUUCUCAACCUCUCAUCAUCUUGUACUCUGUCAUUCAGCCCCACCAAUAGCAGUAAUGAAGGUGCGUACGCCGUGCAGUUGAUGAUGGAGGACUUUCCCAGACAGACUAUCAACCUGACUCUAAUUGAUGGUUCGCAGGAGGUGAAAACUACCAAUGAUGCUAUCAGCAAAAUACCUGUCCAGUUUGUAUUAAGGGUGGAUCCUGCGGUGCCAUCCUGCACAGAGGGACUCUACCUGCCCAAGUUCCUGCCUCCAACCCCAGCCAACAGAGCUCAACUGUACACCUCUGUCAAUCAGACCCUGGAAAUCAGCAUCCAUGCAGAAGCAAAUAACUCCACGAUCUCUGAGCUGCUGUUCAGCGGGCCGUACAACAUAAAUGAGACUACAUUGGGAACAGGACGGUUCAUCCUGAGAUGGACACCGUCUGAGAGUGAAAAUGGAGAAAGCCACCCUGUCUGUUUUGUCGUCCAGGCAGAGUUGAAUUCAACCACAUAUCAAUCGGAGUUUAGAUGUGUCAUUGUGACUGUUGGAAAUGCAACCACUAUACCAACUAUAAGUACACCCACCACUCCCUCUACUAUUACACCACAAAAUUUAACAACUUUUUCUUGGACAACUACACCACAAACCACAACACCCAACGAUACAUCUACUACACAAAGUUCAACAAACGUCUCUUCUACAACUGCAAGUGCAACCAAUUUUUCUUCGACAACUACACCACAAACCACAACACCCAACAAUACAUCUACUACACAAAGUUCAACAAAUGUCUCCUCUACAACUGCAAGUGCAACCAAUUUUUCUUCGACAACUACACCACAAACCACAACACCCAACAAUACAUCUACUACACAAAGUUCAACAAAUGUCUCCUCUACAACUGCAAGUGCAACCAAUUUUUCUUCAACAACUGCACCACAGACCGCAACACCAAACAAUACAUCUACUACACUAAGUUCAACAAGUCCACAUUCAGUCACUACGCCUCAAGACACAACUCUCGACAUCUCAAACAACUUUGUUGUAGGUCUGAAUAUGAGGAUUUCCUCUUCAUAUCCACUGUCUGAGGACUACAUCAGAAAUACUGUUAUACAACAGCUUAAGGAUGAACUGGUGAGACAUGGGCUGCCAUCAGACAUCUCUUUACGCCUGGUGAGCAGCGUGAAGCUGGAAGUCAGCAACACAACUGCGGAUGGUUCAUUGUGAAACUGUACUGACCCCUGCAGGAAAGUUUUCAGUUGUCUGACAUUUACUGAGCUAACAUCAGACAUUUUUCCACUGUUUUGUUAUUGUUGUUUUUUACAGUAGUUUUAGUUUUUGAAAAGAAAUGUUUGAGUAUCUUUGUUCUAGAAAAUGACCAUUAACGUUUGUUUGUUUUGUUUAGUUCUAUGUGCCGUCUAGAUAUUGAUGUUGUCAUAUGUUGCAAAUAUUCCAUUGAUAUUAAAAGAAAUGUUAAUAAAGCCAAAUAUCCAAGGAAAUUAACUUUCAUUUGUCCCUCAUAAGAUUAAAGUUACUACAAGGAACUUUUAACUGGUUAUGAAACAGUGUCAUGAAGCCUCUGUAUGACCAACAUAA